AUGGGAGGCAACCCACUCCUUGAUCCGCUUCAUUACGCUACUCCCCAACUACGAUUAGGGCCACCUGUGACGUAUGCUACCGCGCAACGCAGCCUUAAAGGUUAUGAUUACGUAAUUGUGGGAGCCGGCGCAGCUGGCUGUGUUCUUGCAGCGAAACUUUCCGAGGAUGAAAACACAUCAGUUCUUCUUCUUGAGGCUGGUGGUGACAAUGCAAAUGUGCUUGCGUGCAAAGUUCCUCUCAUGUAUUCCGAAAUGUUUCAUACUGAAAAUGACUGGGAUUACUAUACUGCGGAACAACCUAACUUAGCAUCCCGUCAGAUUUACUGGCCCCGCGGACGGUUGGUGGGAGGCUCAUCAUCAAUGAAUACUAUGAUGUAUCAUCACUGCUCACCAUCUGACUUCGACGAAUGGGCAUCUGUUCAUGGCUGUGCUGGAUGGGGGUACGAUGAUCUUGCUCCGUACUUUCGUCGCAUGGAGAAAUUUACUCCCAAUCCUGCACGCCCUGCGAUUAAUCUUGAACACCGUGGCUCAGAUGGCGCGUGGAGCACUGGAUAUACAUGGCUAUCAGAGAUAGGUGAGAAAGGCUUGAUUCCCUCAUGCGAGGCUGUGGGCAUUCCCGCCAAUCCUGAUAUUAACACCAAAGACGGCACUCUGGGUGUUACUCGCUUCCAAACCUCGAUUGAUCAAAAAGGGCAGCGCUCCUCUUUGGCGACUGCGUUCCUCACGCCAGGGGUGCUACAGCGGCCAAACCUUUAUGUUGCGUGUCAUUCUCAUGUAACCAAGGUACUUUUCGACUGUCUUACUAGCGAAACUCCAACUGCAAUUGGCGUGCAAUUGCAAAAGAGCCGCGACGGCGAGCUCUUCAAUGUUCAUGCACGACGUGAGGUCAUUCUCUCCAGUGGAACAGUUAACACUCCCCAGACCUUACUGCUCAGUGGCAUUGGUCCUGCUGAUGAGCUGUCUGGGCUUGGAAUAUCUGUUGUGAAAGAUAACAGAGCAGUGGGGAAGAACCUGAAAGACCACCUCUGCCCUACUCCCAUAAUUUGCAAAGCCAACCCUUCAUACACCUUAGAUUACCUCAGGAACCCCAUCAAAGCUUUACCGGCUCUUCUUCAGUGGAAGAUGUUCGGAACAGGACCGUUGACUAGCAACGUUGGCGAGGUUGCUGCUUUUAUCCGAACAGCGGAUUUCAAUUUCCCUGGAUCAGCUAGCGGGCCCCCAGUUGAUGUUACUUCGGGCCCUAAAAGUCCUGACAUUGAGUUGAUUGCCGCUCCGCUGUCAUUUAUACAUCACGGCGAAGAGGCGCACCUUGAUGCCGAAGGAGUGUUUACUAUAGGUCCCAUUCUUCUUCGUCCUCUCAGCACCGGAACCAUCUCUCUCAGAAGCAGGAAUGCGUUCGAGCCACCAAUUAUCGACCCAAGGUAUUUGUCAGACAAAUCUAAAAAUGACAUGAAAGCCCUCAUGGCAGGUCUACGAGUUACUCUCAGAGUAAUUCGUGCCGCACCUUUCCAAAAGUACCUUGAACCAGUCCCAAUAAACGAUGAUCCAACUUCCUACUGGUGGCCGUACUCAAGCAGCGAUAUUGAGAAUAUCUCGGACGAGGAUCUUAUCCGCUGGUUGAAAGAGAAGGCGUUCACACUCUAUCAUCCAGUGGGCUCAGCACGUAUGGGCCCCGACGCAAAGACCAGUGUCGUUGACUUGGAGUGUAAAGUACAUGGAGUCAAGGGCCUCAGGGUCAUGGAUGGAAGUGUUUUUCCGCAGCAGCUUAGUGGGCAUCCGAUGGCACCGAUUGGUGCUAUGGCGUUCAAGCUAAGCCAAAUGAUCAGGGAGGGACACAGCGCGAAUACUCCAAUAGAUAAAACAGUUUCAGGUGGUGGGUUGUAG